GAGACCAGUGUUUCACAACCCAGCGGCUCUGGAAAGGGGAAACCAGAGGCUCUAAGCACCGACUCUCUGGAUGUAUUUAUCAGCUAAACAAGAAUCACCAACAUGAUUGUUACUGCUGUCCGGGCAAAGUACUUCUGCAACAGACAAAUAGCCUAUUUUACGAGUUUCCAACUAGUUUCAAACGUUAAAGGCUGUCGUGUGGAAGCGUGAAGAUGCGUGUCUUCGCAGCGCUGCUCUGUGCUGCCGCACUGUGCUCCGUGUCUCCGUUCGGCGGUCACUUCGAGGGAACGUGUCCUAAAGAAGCUCCGGCUCGGGGCGUGCUGGUGGUGGCCCCAGGCAGCCACCUCUCCCUCACCUGCACUGGUCAGGUGAAGCUGGACGGGAUGGAGGUUGCCUUCCCUUUUGAGACCCCGACUGCCAGAGUUGGGGAAUAUACCACUCCCCACAUGCCCCCCCCUACCACAGUCCACCAACCGGGCGCCAGCACAGUCAUCCAGACGAUAAUGAACCAGACAGGCCGCGCCACGGGGAGAACUGUUCCCAUCAGAUACAACCCCCAGAGCACCACAAACAUUGUUACUGCAGGGCACGGACGACAAACCCACUCUGAGAACAGCCGGAAAAGACGGGACAGUCCCUUGAGACAGGCUCCCCCAGAACAGAAGGCCACUUCCGCUGCAAACAUACUCUGGCCAACCAGAGGAGGCGGAGGGGCACCUUCUGAACCUGAUUGGACGGUGGGGGACGUGAACAGGGAGGAGGGAGGCCGGGGGAGGAGGCCCCAGUGGAGGCUGAACGGCCGCACUCUGAUGCUCAGAGAGGGAGUCUCUGAGAGCGACCAUGGAGCGGCGGUCUCUAUAUCCUCUGUGAAUGCGGAUCACAGUGGGAGGUACAGCUGUCACCGCAAGAAAAAGGUGCUGUAUUCGUUGAAGGUGAUCGUUGCAGCUCCUCCUGAGCAGCCUAUCAUGAGCUGCUAUAAGAGGUCGCCCAGCAGCAAGAUCCGCUGUGAAUGGACCCCGCAGCAGCCCGUCGUCGUGCAGCCUCAUUGCUACCUCUAUCUGGACAAAGGCACCGCGGGCACCUUCUCUCGGCUCAACUGCUCGUUCUCGGGGCGUCCCAUGCGCUGCUGGUGCGCCCUGGAGCACAGGGAGGAGGAGAAGAGGCUCCUGCACAUGGCCUACCUGUGUGUCAGCAGCACGGCCGGAAACUCCACCAGCCGCCUGCAAAUCUUCAUACCCAUGGGCAUCAUCAAACCCGAGCCCCCGUCUGCGGUGGCGGUGCGGGCGGUGGAGGGCCAUGAGAGGCUGCUCAGCGUGAGCUGGCGCUUCCCCUGCUCCUGGAAGCGUCACGACCAGUACUACGAGUUGGUCUACGAGAUCCAAUACCGGCCCGCCUCCUCCCUGGACUCACAGAGAGACACCAUCAAACACCAGCAUUACACCAUCAGAGAUGUGCUGCCUAUGGUGGAGUAUGUGAUUCAGCUCCGGGCCAAGGAUGAGUACGAUGGGCAGUGGAGUGACUGGAGCCCACCUGUAUACGCAUACAGUUGGACAGCACCGCCUGUGCCGUUGUGGAGUACUGAUCAAGCUGCGACACUGGACCCACUCUACAUUUACUCAGCAGGAUCUGGGAGUGGGAUGGGCUACACCCCUACCUUAGAGUCAGAGCAGACCCAGGACCAGGUGUGGCUUCACUCCCUGUGGAUAUCUGGCCUGUGUGUUCUCCUCUCCCUGGCCCUGGCUGUGUAUGCAUUCAGGCACAGGGAGAAGUUUGUCUCAAAGCUUCAUAAUUUGAACAUGGUCACUGUGUGCGCGGCCGAACCACGUCCCCCGCCCUCCAACUCCCUCGCCACGGCCGCAACGGCCCAUGAAGGACACGCACUUGUGACCUUUACCCCCGCUCCCUACAAAGACCCCCUGCCCAAUGCAGUGGAAGAACAGGAGGAGGAGGAGGAGGAGGAAGAGGAGGACAAGAGAGAAAAGCCAGAGAAAAGGAGUGAAGCAAUCAGUUUCAACAAUACAAGCUACUUCCUGCUCCAGACAGACAGGGAGAGCGUUUCCCAACAGUCUGGUCCCAAAUGUCUUUAAAAAGAAGUCCUUCUGAAGAGGCCACCAGACAUCCGACAGUUUGCAGCAGAACACUUCAACAACGACCUUUGUGAAACGUUGGAUCUGAAAAGCGAGGAAGCUGUGAAAUGGAAUCAGGCUAAAUAAAGCAGUUAUUGCGUG